UCAAUACAUUAGGAGAAAAAAAAAAAGAUCAUCACCUCUUAUACACAUCAACGCAACAAAGAAGGCCUCUUCUUUAUUCAAUCUGUGUUGUCCCUGUCUCUCUUGUCUCUUAGCCUUCUUGAUUACUAUUUUCUAGUUUACUUUUGUUUUGAAUACUACUACAAGCAAAGCUUUUUGUGUUCUCAUUAUAGUUUUGCUGUUUUAUCAAAGUACAAAUUGCAGUAAUUCAUAGAAAGGUACAUCAAAAGUAGUGUAGAAAAAAGAGUAUGGGUUUAGCUAAAAUUAGUUAUGCCUUAGCCUUUUUCUAGAGUAUUAUAUUUUCUUGUGAUGGAAACUGCAAAGUUGGAUGGCAUGUACUUUUUGGUGGCAACAACAACAAUCGUAUCGGAUUUUACAUAACAGGAAGAAUCAUUAGUAACACAAAGAUUUCACAAUCAAAAGCUGGAACAUCAAAAGCAGUACAACAACAAUUUUCUGAGUCUGGAUCCUAAGAGGAAGAAGAAUCUUUAUCAUCAUUAUCAAAAUGUAGAAGAAGAGGAGGAGGAAGAAGGAGAAGAAGAAAACCAAGAAUCCCGUUGCCAUAUAGACCCUCGAGAACAUUUUCUUCAUUUUCAACAACCAAACGAGCUAUUUUCUCAUCUUCCCUAUCAAGAUUUACACACUUUACAACAAGCGCAACCCAAAAAACGCGCUUAUUUUCCUCCUUCUACUUCUUCAUGCCGAAAGAAAAAAGUGGAACAUGCAAUGGGAACAUCAUCAAGAUUUGGUUCGAGGAAUUCUGGUGGUGGGGAGAUUGUGGAAGUACAAGGUGGGCAUAUUAUAAGGUCUAUUGGUCGAAAAGACCGGCAUAGCAAAGUAUGCACAGCCAAAGGACCAAGGGACCGGAGAGUACGCCUUGCUGCCCAUACAGCCAUUCAAUUCUACGAUGUUCAAGACCGUCUUGGCUAUGACCGUCCGAGUAAAGCUGUAGACUGGCUUAUCAAAAAGGCGAAGGCUUCGAUAGAUGAGCUAGCUGAAUUGCCACCAUGGAAACCAACUAUUGGUCCCACAACAAACAAUACUCUUGAUCAAGAAAAGGAUCUUGGAAUACAAUGUGAAGAAGCUCAAUUUGUUGGUGAUAAUAAUGAUGAUAAUGUUGUUGGUCCAUCUAGUAAAAGGGCAAUGAUAAUGUUGCGCAAUGAAAGUGAUACUAGAGUUUUGCACCAGAACAACAGUGCAAGUUCAAGUGGUGAAAAUGCUAAUGCAAGUGCAAGUGCAAGUGCAAAUGCAAGCUUUUUGCUUCCAUCUUUGGAUUCUGAUGCCAUUUCUGACACUAUUAAGUCUUUUUUCCCUAUGGGUGGUGGUUCAACUGACGGUAAUUCUUCAGCUAUGCAGUUCCAGACCUUCCAGGAACACAAUUUGUUGUCAAGAACUAGUAGCCAGAGCCAAGAAUUGAAGCUCUCUUUACAAUCUUUUCAAGAUCCCAUUUUACUCGACUUCCAAAACCUUCAGUCUCAGCAUCAUAACCGUCACACAGAACAAGCACAAACUCAAUUUCAAGCAUCAAACUUCUUUACUGGAAGCACCCCACUUAUCGGUUUUGGUGCUUCAGGCUGGCCUGAGCAUCAGCAUCUGCCAGUGGAACUCGGCCGGAUGCAAAGAUUGGCUGCUGCUCGUGCUGGUGGAAACAACUCCACCGGCAUAGCUCUUGGUGGCGGGGCAGUCACUGGAGCAGGUGGUUACUUGUUUAACUCACCACCUGCCCCGCCACUGCUACAGCAGUUGUUCGGCCAAAAUCAGUUUUUGUUUCAGAGGGGACCCCUUCAGUCCAGUUACUCACCUUCGAUUCGUGCAUGGUUAGAUCCAUCAGCGAUCGCUAUAACCACAACUGAUUCAAUUCAUCAUCACCAAUAUCAUCAAGCUGUGCUGCCUAUGUGUUCAGCAUCAGUUUCUGGUAUUGGAUUCGCGUCAGAAGUAAGCGGAUUCUCUGGCUUUGACAUUCCUGCACGAAUCCAAGGUGAAAUAGAGGAGCAUGAUGGUGGUUCCAACAAACCAUCGUCUGCUUCCUCUGAUUCUCGCCAUUGAGUUAGCUCGACAAAUGCUCUCCCUUGAUUGCCCGACAGGAACAAGUACUAUACUUCAAGAUGGGAAUGGAAAAGGACAGGCCGGAGAAAGGGUGAUGGUUCAUUAUCGAGUCUGAUUCAGUGGUAAUUCACCAUGGAAGAAGAAUCCUGAGCAUAGUUUCAGGUUUUCUUUUAAUCAAAUUUCAGUGUAAUAUUCUAUAUUUGUUGUUUUGUGAUCUAGCCUUGUUCAUGUAUAAGUGUGUUUUUCUAGCUAGCUCAAUUGCUAAUUUAGGAUUGCUGUAUUUUUGUUGCCUAGACUUGUCAAGUUGCUGUUGUUUGCUUAUCAUCUUCAGUUCAUUUUCAAUUGAAUGUUUCCAAAUGCUGAGUGCCAA